AUGGAGCGUUUCAAUGCAGACAAGCGCAUCUUCUGUUUCAUCUUGUCAACGCGCAGCGGUGGGGUGGGAGUGAACCUGACUGGUGCUGACACUGUGGUGUUCUAUGACAGUGACUGGAACCCCACCAUGGAUGCUCAGGCCCAAGAUCGUUGCCACCGUAUCGGGCAGACACGGGAUGUUCACAUCUACAGGUUGAUCAGCGAAAGGACUGUGGAGGAAAAUAUUCUGAAGAAAGCUAAUCAGAAAAGGAUGCUAGGAGAUAUGGCGGAUCCCACAGCCACCAAGCAGACACAGAUUCUGGAACAAGCACUGUGCAAGGCUGAGGACCCAGAAGACAUCUGGGCAGCUACUCAGGCCAAGGCAGAGCAAGUGGCUGAGCUGGCAGAAUUCAAUGAGAACAUUCCUUUGGAUGCAGAAGACCGGUCCAGCAAAGAGGAAGAGGAAGAAUUUUCUAAAGCAGAGCAGGAAAUUGCUUCGCUUGUAGAACAGCUCACUCCUAUUGAACGCUAUGCCAUGAACUUUUUGGAGGCAUCCCUGGAGGACAUCAGUCGGGAGGAGUUGAAGCAAGCAGAG